UUUGGAAAUGACAUAUCCAAGGCUCUAUGAUCAAGUAUCAGCUCCUAAUAUUGCUUUUCUGUUUACGUAUGUCAGAAUCUAAUUCUGAUAGAUGCAAAAAACACAUACAGAAUUCCCUAUUUCCCAACUAUGCUGCAGUGCCAACGUAUGAUAUCAGGGAAUGGGUAGUUAAUCUUAAUCUGCAACGUUGUACCAUUGUCGAGGUCGGAGAGUAUUACAGCGCAUUGUUCCUGGAAGACCACAGCCCUGGUGGGCCCUACAAUUUCUACUUAGGCAUGUGUGACCAUGGGACAAUGAAGAAUUGGCAGUUAUGCUCAUCAGAACUUGCAAUGAAGAGAAGAGAUGUGUGCACCAUGAAUAUUGAGAAUACGGUAAUGAGCAGAGUACAUAGGAGAUUCUGCGAUAUCCACUACAUCACGCAAACGCAACAGAUGUGUAACUGUAGCAAUUUGAUGGAUACUACACUUUAUAGGGUUAGUGGAUUUCCCACCUGCUUCGUGGACCCGUUGCCUGACAGCCUGUGCGGAGCCCUGAACGUCUGCGGGCUGCACAAGUGUAACGCCAGCACCGUCCUUGGCCGAAUUCACUCCGUACAAUGUGAUCCUAAUUGCAAGGGAGAACAGCCGUUCUGUGAAUGGCCUAUCGGUUUACAAACUGCUCAGCCGCCAAUGGUUUUCUCGCUCUGGUCGGAUUGGUAUGAGUUAGAGAAAAGAGAUGAUCGGGCUCUGGAUACUCAAGUACGGUACUACGAAGCGAAAUGCGUGAACAAAUAUACAUAUACGGGUGGCAUAGACUGUUUAGGACCAGGAACUAGCUGCUGCCCUCCAGAUGUUCUUCAGUGUAAAUGCAAAACAUUUUUGGAAGAUGCCACUCUCAAAGUGAGGAGAUGGGUUGUGGUACCCAUUGAACAUAGCACCAUCAAAUCGAAGGAUUAUGAUGUAGACGAUGACAUUAUGAUGCAUAAACACAGAAUAAGAAAAGAUGUUGCCUUUGUAAUCAAAAGAGAUAGCGGUUUCUAUGAGGAUGACGAAGAAGACGAAGAUGACAUAGGAGACGAAGAUAUUGCUAUCGAGGAAGAACGUAUGACUAGGAAAAUAGAUAUGGAUGCAGCACAACAACAAGAAGAAAAUGAUGAAUCACCUCCAACAGACACAGAAGAAAUAAUUAAAGACAGCAAAAUCAAGGAUGGUAAAAUAACACCGAAUAAAAGGGACAAUUCAGCAAUUUUAACACUAAGACUAAAUCAUUUCUUAUUUUUUAUAUCUUUAAAUUUAAUUUUAUGAUAUACAUUCCUGUAUUUAUCAGAUUAUUGUAUUUUAAUCGAAUAAAUACCAAUUAUGAUAG